UUUCCUCAGCCCCAGGUCCCAAACAAAUCUAGCUUUAAGUAAGCGAAUACUCUGAUCACAUAAACAGUUUGGUAUCAGUAGCCAACUGGAUACACGAUUGGUUUCGUAUGUCCAUGAACGUAUGAAAAAUAAAUUGUGCUAGCUGAUGUUUUUCAUAUAGCUGGUUUUCUAGCUUCGCUUUAAACCAAGCGCACAGCUGGGUUAAGUAUCAGUAUUUUUGGUGGAUUGCCUGACAAUAUGCUAUUGUGUUAGCUAACCAGCCAGCCUUAGAAGCUAUAUUUCUUUCCAGAUUUUUAAGUUUUUGGCUGUCCUUUUUGCUGUGUUUGAAGUAUUUGGAUAUUUCUUUUCAUCACCGGUGGAUAUGGGGCUACUUUUUACUAAGCUGAUGACUGUAUUCGGAGACCGAGAACACAAAGUGAUCAUUGUGGGCCUGGACAAUGCUGGGAAGACCACAAUUCUCUAUCAGUUCUUGACCAAAGAGGCGGUCCACACCUCCCCCACCAUUGGUAGUAAUGUAGAGGAGAUCUCUGUACGCAAGACCCGGUUCCUGGUGUGGGACAUCGGAGGCCAGGAGAGCCUGAGAGCCAGCUGGAGCUCCUACUACGGCAACACAGAGAUUGUGAUCCUGGUUGUGGACAGCACUGACCGUGAGCGUCUGACCCUGAACAAGGAUGAACUUCACCGCAUGCUUGCCCACGAGGACCUGCAGAAUGCGGCGGUUCUGGUACUGGCAAACAAGCAGGACAUGAAGGACUCUAUGACGGUGGCAGAGAUCUCCCAGUGUCUGACGCUGAGCUCCAUCACAGCCCACUCCUGGCAUGUACAGGCCUGCUGUGCCCUCACAGGGGAGGGCCUUCCUGCCAGUCUUGACUGGAUGAGGUCUCGUGUACUGGCCAGCUAGAACUCCAUCCGAGGGCUCAUCUGAAACCCAAGUGGAACCUGGACCAGCUAUUUCAACCAACAAACACGGCCUCUGGGACGUUGUAGCAGAAACCUCAAUGCUCAGAUCAGGACGAAGACCUCGACUGUCUGCACCGACACUGCCCCUCUGAGCCCCAGGACUGGCCCCAGACCUGCCCAGUCCCGCCCAGUCCCCAUCAUGCCUUACCCAGUCUUGAGUGUGUCUACAUGGGCUGAACAGGCUCCAGGUCUGCCUCAGAAUAAGAAUAGAGACGGACUGGAGGAACCUGGCAGAACCUCAGCCAAGUGUGGCAGGAUGUGCCAACGUGCAUGUUUCUACGCAAGCGUUUCUACACACACACGUGUGUGUGUGUGUGUGUGUGUGUGUGUGUGUGUGUGUGUGUGUGUGUGUGUGUGUGUGUGUGUGUGUGUGUGUGUGUGUGUGUGUGUGUGUUCCAGAGGUCCAUUGUGUUUACAUAACCUACCUGUAUCAGACCUGAUUCCACAUUGGUGACACGCUCCGGUCUCAGCCAUGAGUUAACCAGUGACUUAUAAUGACUACCUACAGUCCUUAUGAAUUCAACAGAGAUGGAAUUGUUACAAAUACAGAUUUGUGCCUCUGACUGGAGAAUAACAGCAGGACAAUGGUUAAUUGCUGAUGGUAUUGAUACUCCGCUUUCAUUUAAGAAAUUACUUGAAAUAUUUAUAUGGAAGAAGGAAAAAGGGGAUUGCUUGGAAUUGAAUAAUGUUAAAUAUGCUGUCUGUUGAAAAAAGCGAAAGGAGCAAGAUAACAAAAGUUGCUGGAAUUUUCUACAUAUAUGUUUACUGUAUUUUGCUUGUGCAAAAUGGUUUUGUACAAAUAAAUGCUAAUGUUGAUACA